AGAGUAGCAUACACAUAAGUGCAGACCAUUUACCAUUUUACCAUAUAAUCCCAGUGAAGCUGUAAAAAUAUAAAGGUUUUUAUGGCUGUGAUGGUCUGUGCAUACGUCAGCAUCCCUCAACAUUGCUUCCUGGGUCCGUCCGCCAUCCCUUUAAUGACGGGGACCCUGGAAAUACACCGAUCACCGUUAUCUCGCAAGUAUGGCCGAUGUUCCAGCUGUCAUAAACAUUGCCAUUUCGUUGAAGAUCCAACCCAACGAUGGGCCCGUGUUUUACAAAGUGGACGGGACGAGGUUCGGCCAGAGCAGGACAAUCAAAAUGCUAACGGGAUCGAAAUACAAAAUCGAGGUGAUCGUGAAACCGUGUAACGCGGAGGCCUUCACGAUGGGUAUCGGUGGAAAAACCUUCCCUUUGGAGCAGCAGUCCAAAGACGAAGAGCAGAUUGUUUACAAUGGCACCUACGAUACUGAAGGUGUGCCACACACCAAGAGCGGGGACAGGCAACCUGUGCAAGUCUCCAUAGAGUUCAAAGAUGCCGGGAUGUUUGAGACAGUAUGGCAGGUGAAAUACUACAACUACUACAAGAGAGAACACUGCCAAUUCGGCAACAGCUUCAACUGCAUCGAGUACGAGGUCAAACCCAACGAGACCCGCAGCCUUAUGUGGAUAAACAAAGAGGUUUUCCUAUAAAACACGACUACAGCAGCACAGCAACAACAACAGCAGGAAACCUGCACAAUGUCCUGUAACCAUCACGGGGCCGCUGUGUGUCCGAUAGAUGACUCAAAAGUGCCCCGUGAAAUAAGCUGUGAAUACUAAAGGCUCCAGACAAGUGAUCCAUCAGGGUAUUUGUUCCCCAGUCAACCAGUUAUACCACUGCAUGAUCUGAACGUUCAUGUUUUUAAUUGUCGGUCGAUCAUGAACAGAAUCUCUCCUCAUUUGUGUCCCUUGCCAUUUAUCAUGAGAAAAGAUGGAUAUGUACAGAAUUUGGCAUUUCAUUCGUUUAAGUAUCCCGACCAGCCUCAAGUAGCAAUGUAGGCUCAACCAAUGGCAUGAGGUUUUUGGGGGUCUGGGUAGCUCAGCACGUAAAGAUGGUGACUACAACACCUGGAGUUGCAAGUUCGAAUCCAGGGCGUGCUGAGUGACUCCAGUCAGGCUUCCUAAGCAACCAAUUGGCGUGUUGCUAGGGUGGGUAGAGUCACGUUGGGGUAACCUCCUCGUGGUUGCUAUAAUGUGGUUCUCGGUCUUGGUGGGGCGCGUGGUGAUUUGUGCGUGGAUGACGCAGAAAAUAGCAUGAAGCUUCCACACGUGCUAUAUCUCCGCGGCAACGCGCUCAACAAUCCACGUGAUAAGAUGCGCGGAUUGAUAGUCUCAGAUGCGGAGGCAACUCAGAUUCGCCCUCCGCCACCUGGAUUGAGGCGAGUCACUACGCCACCACGAGGACGUGGAGCGCAUUGGGAAUUUGGCAUGCAACAAAUUGGGAAGAAAAGGUGAUUUGUAAUGAUGAUUCAAAUUCUCAGCUCUGUCUUAGUCAUUUGCACAACACAUACCUGCUCUGUUAUGGUUACAAACCUUCCUUGAACUUGCCUCCGAUGAGAAGGCCUCACUGCAGGUGUGUAUUUAACCCAGUCAUUUGCUGUCUUAGAAAUGGGCAGUGCUCCACAAUGCUUGCUCAAAAAGGAGUAUGAACGUAUUCUAGAUAUAUAUAUGACUCUCUAUAUUAGUAUGUAUAAUGUAAUAAAUGUAAAGACAGUUAAAAUUGGGGUCUUUUGAGACCAGCAUUGACAAAACAAUUAUUUAUUUGUGACAGGCGUGUAUAUUCCUCUUUGGUGUGACUGUGAGUGGAUGUUCAAUCACGUCUCUUUUGUGUUACUAUUGGGUACUGCUAUUUAUGUUGCCUACCUCUUUACAGCUGUCUAUAUUGACAGGAAGUAUUACUUCACAGGAAAGAGAUAGUGCUACACUAAGUGUUUAUUUUUAUGGCUUUCUACUUAAUGUUAUGCAGAUUUUUUUUUCAGUUCUCGUGAUAGUUUGUUUGCUUGUGUGGUGCCUAUGUGUGUUGCUAAUAUAUCUGUUUUGAUUUUUGUGUAACUUUGAGCCAAACUUUUGACGUUUUGUAAGAAUAUAAACAAUCUUGUUGCUUGAAAUUCUGUUCUGUUUGAAAGAAUACAUUAGAAGACAAUACCAGCCAAGAAAAGACCAAAAGAAUAAGGAAAGAAUUGAUAUAAUUUAGUAACAUUCCUGUAUCAAGAUUGUUCAUGUUAUGCUGUGACCUUUGAACUCUGCAACUAUUAAAACUAAGG